GGGCGCCCAAGUAAAGGGGCUUUCUUCCGCUGUUUCGGAUUGCCCCCUUGUGGUCACCAAAAUCCUCUCCAACUUCGAUGCCGUCGGUGGUCUUCCUCAAUCAAUCUCGGUCCUCGAUGGAUCGCCGUUUCUCUAGCUUUUGAUGCCCCCUGGAUUCGCGGCAGCCUCCUUGGCCUCCUGCCCUCUUCGUCGCCUCAUAGGAAGGUGGCAAACCAGCAGAAAAGGAGCUCUUUCGGUGUUGUUCGUCGGAUUCGAGGCUUGGGCUGUUGAUUUGGAUGCGAAACUAGUCGGAAUCGGUGGGAAAGGUGGGAGCUUGGGGAUGCGGAGGAGGUGCGGGAUGUGGAGUUUGGAGCUGGCGGAAGGAAUCUGAAGGGUUGGUGGGUGUUGGUGGGGCGGACGCGGGUUUUGCAUCGAUUGAGACAUGCGGCGGAGGGCGCCCGAGUUCCGGCGUCCGGCAAGGAGGAGGCUUUCGGAUUGGAUCUGGUGGCUUCUGGGGAUCUUUGUCGUUGCGGGGUUGGGGCUCUUUGUCGUCCACCAUCACCAACAGGAACGGUUUGGGCCGCCGAUACGGGACAAGGGUCCAGUGACAGAAGAUACUCCUCAUGGAAGUUUAAAUGUCACACUAGAGCUUUUAAGCAGUACAUCUUUUGCCAGACAGUUGGCUGAUCAAAUGACACUUGCGAAGGCUUAUGUAGUGAUUGCGAAAGAGCAUAGUAACCUUCAGCUUGCUUGGGAGCUUAGCUCACAGAUCAGAAAUUGCCAACGGUUGCUCUCUCAAGCAGCUGUGAGAGGAAAACCUGUCACCCAGGAAGAAGCGCAUUCCAUAGUCAGUCGCCUAGCACAGCUGAUAUACAAUGCCCAAGACUCCCAUUAUGACAUCAGCACUGCGAUAACAACAUUGAAGAACCAUGCCGUUGCCCUUGAAGAUCGUGCAAAUGCAGCGACAGCGCAGAGUGCGGCUUUUGGUCAAUUGGCUGCUGAAGCCAUGCCAAAAAGUCUCCACUGUUUGAACAUAAAACUGACAGAAGAGUGGUUUGGAGAUCCAAUACUCAGAAAACUCGGAGAUGAGCAUAGGAACUCACCUCGGCUUGUGGACAACAACUUGUACCAUUUCUGUAUAUUCUCUGACAAUGUGCUGGCAACCUCAGUGGUUGUGAAUUCCACUGUCUCCAAUGCUGAGCACCCUCAACAGCUUGUCUUUCAUGUGGUCACUGAUGAGGUCAACUACCGGUCCAUGUUGACGUGGUUUCUCAGGAAUGACUUCAAAGGGUGUACGAUAGAAGUUCGGAGAAUAGAAGAGUUCUCUUGGUUGAAUGCUUCAUACUCCCCAUUGGUGAAACAGUUGUUGGAGGGAAGAGCCCAGGCUUAUUACUUCACAGAUGGUUCAGUAGAUCAGAAUGGGGAAACAAACUUCAGGAACGCAAAAUUUGCUUCAUUGUUGAACCACUUGCGAUUCUAUAUCCCGCAAAUAUACCCACUUUUGGAGAAGGUGGUGCUUCUUGAUGAUGAUGUUGUGGUGCAGAAGGAUCUAACGCCUCUAUUUUCAGUCGAAUUGCAUGGGAAUGUAAUUGGAGCUGUUGAGACUUGCCUUGAGGCGUUCCAUCGGUUCUACAAGUACCUCAAUUUCUCCAAUCCACUGAUGAGCUCAAAAUUUGAUCCUCAAGCAUGUGGGUGGGCAUUUGGAAUGAAUAUCUUUGAUCUGAUCGCAUGGAAGAAAGCAAAUGUGACUGCACUAUAUCACUACUGGCAGGAGCAGAAUGCUGACCGGAUGCUCUGGAAGACAGGCACGCUUCCUCCUGGCCUUCUUGCUUUUUAUGGGCUGAUGGAGCCACUUGACAGGAGAUGGCAUGUUCUGGGAUUGGGGUAUGACUUGGACAUUGAUGAUAGGUUGAUAGAGAGCGCAGCUGUUGUGCACUAUAGUGGGAAUUUGAAGCCAUGGCUAAAGUUGGCCAUCAGCAGAUAUCAACAUUUAUGGAAUCGGUACGUGAAUUCCACACAUCCAUAUAUUAAAGAAUGUAACACCCAUUGAAGCAUUGCAGUUUCACUCUAUUCUUCCUUGACGUUCUCUCAAUUUAUUAUAGUCAAGUUAAAACUUUCAGUUUGAUGGUUGUCAUUUUUGAAGUCUUAUUUACUUCUUGAAGAGAAAAGGUCAUACUCAAGUUGGUUGUCACUGAGGUCUUACAUUUCUUUGGACCUCUAAUUCUGGUAAUUCAACCAGAUAAUUGGACACCAAUUGUAAAACAGAGAUUCACUCGGAUCAGUUCUUAGCUCUUUUGAAAUUGAAAGUGUAACAAGGUCCUUCAUAUUAAUUUGAGGACUGCUUUGUUUAUAUAGGAGUGCAGUUUCUAUUAGCGUGUUUGGUAACACCAACUCAAUAUCAUGCCUUAUCAAAAUGGUAGCUUUAUUUUUCUGAAGGUUAAAGUUACUCAGGACUAGACUUGUAAAUCAUUUCUCGAGAGCUUAUUAAUAGAGCGGUUCAUUGUUCUGUCUUUA